AUGAGAGGAAAUCAAAGCACAUUAAAUAAUUUCCUGUUGCUGGGAUUCUCUGAUUUGCCAGGACUGGAGGGUUUGUUCUUCUCUGUUUUCCUAAUUGUCUAUCUGUCAGUUCUCAGUGGGAAUGCUCUCAUAAUUAUUGUCACAUUGGUCUACCAGACACUCCACAGCCCCAUGUUUUUAUUUCUCAGGAACCUGAGUUUUCUGGAGAUAUACUACACCUCAACUGUUGUCCCCAAAAUGCUUGAAAACCUGCUGUCAGAGGAUAAAUCCAUUUCAUUCCUCAGUUGUGCCUUUCAAAUGAAUGUCUUCCUUAUCACAGGGGCAGCAGAAUGUGUUCUUUUGGCUGCCAUGGCAUAUGACCGCUACGUUGCCAUUUGUCACCCACUGCGCUACACCAUCAUUAUGAGUAAUACAGUAUGCUCUGGGUUGGUUGCAUCCUCCUGGAUGGCUGCAAUCCCAAUGCAAGUUGGCCAAACUGUCCUGGUGUUCACCUCUUCUUUCUGUGACUCCAAUGAAAUCAACGAUUUCUUCUGUGACUUUCCUGCUGUGGUUAAACUUGUCUGUGGCAACACCUCUAUAAAUGAGCAUAUAUCCCAACUGCAGGUAGUGUUUCUUGGAUUAAUCCCAUUUGCUUUGAUUUCCAUUUCAUACAUAUGCAUUGCUUCUACCAUUCUAAAGAUGCCAUCUGUAGAGGGAAGGAGCAAGGCUUUCUCAACAUGUUCCUCACAUCUCAUAGUGGUGAUGUCUUUCUAUGGCUGUGGAAUGACAGUGUAUCUGAAACCCAAGACAAGUCAUUCUUUUGAUACAGAAAAAUUCCUGUCACUCUUCUACACUGUCUUUACACCAUUGUUAAAUCCUCUUAUUUACAGUUUGAAGAACAAAGAAGUCAAAGUGGCACUCAGGAAACUAUGUCUCCACAUUCCUCUCUUUAAAACCCCAAAAUUUUCAUGGAAAGUGUAG